AUGGCGAUGCUGUCACUGAAAAUCAGCGUUGUUGCCAGCAACAUCGUCAAGACGAUGCAGUUCGAGCCGUCGACAAUUGUUUACGACGCGUGCCGGAUCAUCCGAGAGAGAGUGGCCGAUCCCAAUCUGGGAAAUCCAUCAGAGUUCGGACUUUUUCUUGCUGAUGAAGACCCCAAGAAAGGGGUGUGGCUUGAGCAGGGGCGGAGCCUGGAGUACUACCUCCUCAGAAAUGGGGAUCUUCUGGAGUACAAGAAGAAACAUCGCAUUCUGAAGGUGCGGACUCUCGACGGGGCCCUGAAAACACUGCAGGUCGAUGACAGCCACACGGUGGGACAACUCAUGGUGACAAUCUGCACGAAGAUGGGAAUCACGAACCACGAAGAAUAUUCCCUCGUCCACGAGCUUCCAGAGCAAGAGAAGGAAAAGACCUUGACCUUGAAGAGAGACAAGUCGAUUGCGAAGGAUCAGAAAAAACUUGAAGAGAUGAAGAAGAAGCUGCACACUGAUGAUGACAUCAACUGGUUGGACUUUGGCAAGACUCUGCGAGAACAAGGAAUUGAUCAAAAUGAAAUCCUCCUCCUCAGACGGAAGUUCUUCUUCUCCGACCAGAAUGUAGACGCACGUGACCCCAUCCAGUUGAAUCUGCUUUACGUUCAGUCCCGGGACGCCAUUUUGAAUGGUGCGCACCCUGUGAGUCAAGACGAGGCGAUUCAGUUUGGCGGAAUUCAGUGUCAGAUUCAGUUCGGGGAUCACAUUGAAUCAAAACACAAACCAGGAUUUCUAGAUCUGAAGGAAUUUCUACCCAAAGAGUAUAUCAAAAUAAAAGGUGCUGAGAAGAAGAUUUUCAUUGAACACAAGAAGCACAAAGGCUUGUCCGAGGUGGAUGCCAAAGUGAAAUACACCCAGAUGUGUCGCAGUCUGAAGACGUACGGCAUCACGUUCUUCCUCGUCAAGGAGAAGAUGAAAGGAAAGAACAAGCUUGUACCCCGACUUCUCGGCAUUACAAAAGAAAGUGUUGUCAGGGUGGAUGAGAAGACCAAAGAGAUCCUGAAGACCUACCCAUUGACCACAGUCAGGAGAUGGGCAGCGUCACCCAACAGCUUCACACUGGAUUUUGGAGACUAUUCUGACUCGUACUACUCCGUCCAAACGACAGAAGGAGAACAGAUAUCGCAGCUGAUAGCUGGCUACAUAGACAUCAUCCUAAGGAGGAAGCAAGCCAAGGAUCACCUCGGAAUUGAUGGCGAUGAGAACUCGAUGAUGUUCGAAGACACUGUGGCUCCUGCAAAGGCGACCAUCAUCCAGCACCAGACAUCUAAGGGCGACCAUCAUCCAGCACCAGACAUCUAA